CAGACCAGAAAGCUGACAACAAACAACAACCCUCCCACAGUGGUAAAACCGUAAUUCUCCACUACAUCCAAGCCUCUUUCUGUCAAUUAAAUUAGCUCCACAUUGUUUGUUUAAUCAUAGCCAAUUUUUCCCUGCACACUCCCCACCAUUUUCUUCAUCCUCAGUAUAUUGUCAGCAUUAAGAAAACACACACAAAACAGCACCGCUUCAACUGCAACAAGUCAAAAAACACGCAUACAACACUGUGACAUAGCAUUAGUAUCCAAGAACUCACUGAAAGUUCUGAUCUUUACAUCAAUAUAUACACUCAAGAUUCAUUUUUUCAUAGAUUCUUGAUUUGGGGUUUUGCUAAAAAUGGAGAAGAUUGUGUUUGUUGUUCACUGUGAGCUUAAAGCUUGUGGUAUUGUGUAGUUUCUUGUAAAGGCUCUUUCUCAGUUUUAUUAUCAAAGAGAGGAAAGUUUUAGCCUUUCUCAUUUUCCUUUCUUUUAUUUUCUUUGAUUCCCUCUCUUUUCUACCAAUAUAAUGGGUUGCAAGCGUAUGAUAGUAGUGAAUUUGGACCCACAAAGGAAGAGAAGUGGUGGAUUGAGAACUAAACAGGCAGGGCGUGGGUCGUGCAGAGGAAGUUAGACAAUUUACCCUUUUUUUUUCCCUCUGUUGAGACAUCAAUAUAUUUAAUAUUGCUUUGGUGUCUUGUGGGGAUACAUAUAAAUACCAAAACUUUCUAUGGGGUACUUGUUGAAAGAGGUUUUGAAAACUCUGUGUGGAGUGAACCAGUGGUCUUAUGCUGUUUUUUGGAAGAUUGGUUGCCAAAAUACCAAGCUUUUAAUUUGGGAAGAAUCUUAUUAUGAAACUUCAACAUUCUCUAAUAUUCGUGGAACUUCUGGAGUUGAGAAUCCAGAGCUAGCUUUUCAAGAUUGGAGUGCUUGUUGGGUUUCUGGUGGGGUUCAAAAUCCUCAGCUUCUGAAUCAAGCAGGGGAGAACUUGCAUUUUCUUGUAAACAAAAUGAUGAUGGACAAUCAGUUCAAUCUAGUAGGAGAAGGACUAGUUGGCCGGGCUGCAGUCACUGGGAACCAUCAAUGGAUUCUUUCAAAGGAUUUAAGUAGAGAUGUUCAUCCACCAGAGGUUUUGAAAGAACUCUGCCAACAAUUUUCAGCUGGCAUGCAGACAAUUUCAGUUAUACCUGUUCUUCCCCAUGGUGUUGUUCAAUUUGGUUCAUACUUGCACUCGUUUUUGUUGCCUCAGAUAAUGGAGAAUACGGGAUUUAUGGAGGAUGUGAAAACACUAAUAAGUCAACUAGGAUGUGUCCCUGGUGUUUUAUUGUCUGAUGAGAAUGCAACAAAAGAACCUGUGCUAGAAACUUCCAGACCAGUUUACCUUGGGAGUUCAGUCUCAACGGAAUAUUGUGGGAGAGCCAAAGUAAUGAACUCCGCUUCAAUAAUCAACACGGGUAACUUAGUUGAAAAGCCAGAGGGUUUCAUUGGUCAAGCUUCUUCUUCUUUGGCUGAUGCAACGUUUCAAAACUCCAAUGUCACUCAAAGUUUUACUGACUGCCAUGACAACCACUUUCACAAGAAAAUUUCGCCACAAGUGAAACCAUGCAUGUAUUUGAACAGCCAGCUGACAAAUAAUGUGAUCAAACCUGAGGCAAUUCCUCCAAACCCCGACAUAUGGACGAAGCAGCAGGCUUUGCAGUACAUUCCAAAGCCACCAUUCUGUCAGGAAUCUUCUUUUGGCUCAUCAAUUCUAGAUAGUGGCAGCAUAAUGUUAACUGAUCAACAGAUCUCUGGUGAAAAUAGUCUUGCGAAAAGCAAUUUAUCUCUGCCACAUGGCUUUGGAUCAUCUCAGGCAAGAUCCGAUCAUGUUCUGAUGUCCAAAUUUUAUGAAAACUCGGUUCCACAUCCCAGUUUUCUCGCAGAUGCCAGCAGACCACCACACAAAAUCACCACUUGCACAGAGAAUAUUGGAAAUGGGCUUCCAGUUGGUUCUUCUGAAUUGAAGGCAUCUUCUAAAUAUGAUGUGAACCAUGUGAUUAAUAAUUAUUCUUUGGAUGGGCAAGGUGCAGAAUAUUUGUUGGAUGGGAGCAAAAGAAUGGUAGAAAAUGAUUUGUUUCAAGCACUUGGCAUUAUGUUAACACAGAAUGAGCAGCCAAAUUCAAGUGAGUGCAAUCAGGAUGCUUAUAAUGAAAAGAAUGAACACAGAGUGCGGAAUCCCUUAUUUGACGGUGCAUAUGGAGCUCAAAGUCAGUCAGGGGAUGACUUGUUUGAUGUUUUGGGUGCUAAUUUUAAGAACAGACUACUGAAUGGCAGCUGGAACAAUGAGCAAUGUAAUGAACCAGACUCAAGCACAAAGGAUUGGAUUAAGAAUAGCUCGACUUCUGCAAUAAAUCGGGAGGCUUCUUCUACCAUCAACCAAGGAAACUCAGAUAGUUGUAUGUUCUCCAUGACUGGUUUUGACCGUAUUUUAGAUACUAUGGUGUCAAAUCGUUCUUGUAAGCAGAGCUUGGAUGACAAUGUUUCUAGCCGUACAACGAUUACAAAUUUGAGCAGCUCCUCUGCCCCUAAUGCUUCAUGUUCCUAUAACCGAUUUGGGGUCUCCAGUCAAAUUCAGGGAGAGCAAUUUGGGUCUCCCAAGCCACUUUCAAAAUCAGGAGCAGUGAGUUCUUGUUCAUUCAGAUCUGAGUGCUCCAAAGAAAACACAGGAAUGUAUUCUCAAAGUAGUUCAAUUUAUGGAUCAACGAUCAGUUCAUGGAUGGAAAGUGGUUAUGACACAAAGCCGUCAAGCAGUGUUUCAACUGGCUAUUCUAAAAAGCCAGAUGAAACGAGCAAAACAACUCGCAAAAGGCUUAAACCAGGAGAGAAUCCUAGGCCAAGGCCAAAAGAUAGGCAAAUGAUCCAAGAUCGCGUAAAGGAACUUCGAGAAAUUGUGCCUAAUGGAGCAAAGUGUAGCAUUGAUGCACUGUUCGAACGCACAAUCAAACACAUGCUUUUCUUGCAAAGUGUCACCAAACAUGCAGACAAACUAAAGCAAACUGGAGAGUCAAAGAUUAUCAGUAAGGAAGGAGGAUUGCUUUUAAAGGAUAAUCUUGAAGGCGGAGCAACGUGGGCAUAUGAAGUAGGUUCGCAGUCUAUGGUCUGCCCUAUUAUAGUUGAGGAUCUGAAUCAACCUCGUCAAAUGCUUGUCGAGAUGCUUUGCGAGGAACGGGGCGUAUUUUUGGAAAUAGCUGACAUUAUAAGAGGAUUGGGCUUGACUAUCUUGAAGGGGGUGAUGGAAACAAGGAAUGACAAAAUAUGGGCACAAUUUGCUGUAGAGGCAAACAGAGAUGUCACAAGGAUGGAGAUAUUCAUCUCACUCGUUCGCCUCUUGGAGCAAACAACAGCAAAAGGUGGAGCCGAACCUGCCAAUGCUGCUGAUAACAACACGGCAAUGGUACGUUCGUUCCACCAAGCAGCCUCAAUACCUUCAACUGGUAGAGCUUGUAGUUUGCUGUGAUCAACACAUUACUACUGCUUCACCUGGUAUUGUUAAGAGCAAGCGGCAAAUUUGUGCUUGCCAUGACUAACAUCUACACCAAAAUGAUACUUCUGGUUGUUCUAAUGCUACUCGGUAAUUCAAGGUGGGUACAAUAUUCCAAACCAUCAGUGAUUGUAAACUUGUAAUAUAUAGCAAUCAGAUGCUAUAGAAUACCUCCUGUAGGAUGGCUAUGUGUGCUUGUUUUAUGAGGUAGGUUGUGAAGAUAAUGAUAGAAUGAAGUGAAUCACGUCAUAAAGGGGUGGUUUCUUAGUUUAUUGUAUAGGAAAGUUUGAGAUGAUAGAAGGGGUGCUGGGAGAAUUUAUUAGCUGAUGUGUUCCUUUAUUGCAAGUUUUCUAUGUUUUUUGGCUUCCAA